UCACAAUCUCUUUGAGCCUCGUUUUUCUCAUUUGUAAUAUGAGGAUCAUGGAGUGUUUAUAAGGUUGUUUGAAGAGUAUCUUGUAUACAGUAGACUGUUAAACAGCAAAUGAAUAAAAAUUUACUACAUGACUAAAUAAAUACAUACAUGCGUAAGUAAAUAAACCAGUCAGAAAAUAUGUGUGAAAGGGUUCUAUAAACCACCAUGUGUUAAACAAACAUGCUAGAUUGGUUUAAUGAUUGCAUUUGUUUUGUCACAAGGUUCUUCUCUGAGAUCCAUCUUCUCCAAAUGGAACUUACGGCUGGUACAAAUAAUGUGACUGAGUUAAUUCUCACUGGACUUUUCCAGGAUCCAGAGGUGCAGAGAGUGUGCUUUGUAGUGUUUCUUCCCAUGUACCUGGCCACGGUGGUGGGCAAUGGCUUCAUCGUGUUGACAGUCAGUGUCAGCAAGAGUCUGCAUUCUCCCAUGUACUUCUUUCUUUGCUACCUGUCCCUGGUGGAGAUCAGUUACUCCUCCACUGUUGUCCCUAAGUUCAUCACAGACUUAAUGACCAAGAUUAAAACCAUUUCCCUGAAGGGCUGUCUGGCUCAGAUAUUUUUCUUCCACUUCUUGGGUGUCACUGAGACUGUUUUGCUUGUAGUGAUGGCUUAUGACCGCUACGUGGCCAUCUGCAAGCCUCUUCAUUAUGUGAACAUCAUGAACCGUCAACUGUGUCAUGUACUAGUGGCUGGUUCCUGGCUGGGGGGCUUUUUACACUCCAUAAUUCAGAUUCUUAUCACCAUCCAGUUGCCUUUCUGUGGCCCUAAUGUAAUUGACCACUACUUCUGUGACCUUCAGCCGUUAUUCAAGCUUGCCUGCACUGAUACCUAUGUGGAGGGGGUCACUGUAUUGGCCAACAGUGGCUUACUUUCCUUGUGCUCCUUUCUCAUCUUGGUGUCCUCCUAUAUUGUCAUCUUGGUCAACCUGAGGAACUAUUCUGCAGAGGGGAGGCUCAAAGCCUUCUCUACGUGCGCCUCCCACAUCACAGUGCUCAUCUUGUUCUUUGGACCUGCCACGUUCCUCUACAUGCACCCCUCUUCUACUUUCACUGCAGAUAAGCUAGUGGCUGUGUUCUACACAGUCAUUACCCCCAUGCUGAACCCCAUCAUCUACACACUCAGAAAUGCAGAGGUGAAAUUUGCUAUGAGGAGAUUGUGGGGCAAGAAGAAGAACCCAGUUGUGGAGAGAAAAUAGGAAUGUAAUAAAUAAAAUGUAUGUCUUAUUAUUCUAUGCAUUUGAAAUGGAUUUUGAUUUUAGUAGGACAUUCAAAAUGGUUGAAUAAAUAUAAGGACUUAAUGCUAUUACUGCUAUGAUUUCCCUUAGUGAACAAAGAGUCCUUGUAUCCUGACAUAAUGUAUGAAGGCCAGAGGUCAGAUUGUCUCACUGAAUCUUAGGAAAAUUGAUAGGCUCCGUGAUAUCCACCAAUAUCAUGGGACUGGGUAAUAUGAAAAGUUAAAUCAAAUGCAAAGGAAAACGUUUUUACAAAUGCUUUUGUAAGCUUAAAUUCCUUUCUCCUGUGACCGUGGUUAUCUUACAUACUUUGUCACUGCCCUUAUCACUUUAAUUGUAAUUAUUUUAUAUGUGUUUCUCUCUCAAUAGACUCAAGGACAUAACUGUCCCUUCUUCUUUGCAGGUCUAAAUGUUGUGCACAUAGUUGGUGCUUUGAAAAUGCUUGUUGAAUAGACAGCCCUCUAGAGCCUGUGUGGCAAUCCCUUCUAUGUCAAAUCUUACAGAUUCUUUUUGAAAACUUUCAUGGUGGGGAACACAUCUCUUCCUGUUAAAAUUUUGAGAGCUCAGGCUCUGAAAUUCAUUAGGCUGUUUUGCUUGUCUCUCAGUCACUAUUAAGGUCCAAACCACUUCUUUGAACAACUGUUUUCUCAUAAAUGUAGUCAGAUUAACAACAGCAUGAACUUUGGAAGUUUUUUUGGAUAUAAAUGAUAUAGUAAAGAUACAAAGCUUUUAGCAAAAAAUCUGGGACAAAAGUUUU